UGCAGAAGUUGUGAAUUCUGCAGGACAGUCCUUAAUCUUCCAUCAAGUCCUAUUCAGAAAAAAAUCACCACCUUUCUUGUUGAGAGGGAGAAAAAUGGCAGCAUGGAGAAUGUAGGUUUUUGUCUCUGAUAUUGUAUAACAUAAUACACACUUGUCUUAAAGUGUUUUUAUAUUCCAAAGGAUUUUUUGUUUAAAUCCUGAUAGGAUCUCAGUUUCCCAGCUCAGUCACGUCUCACAGGAUCCAUUCAGAAGGACAAGUGCCAGGCAGAGCUGCUCUCUGUCCUGGAAACAGGAGGCAAAACUGCCCGGCUCGAAGUGAGAGCAGAGUGCAAGCCAAAGAUGGCUCUGGAAAUUCAGUUCAGGCAUGACCUCCCCCAGCUGAAGGAAAUCCCAAGGGAAAAUGAGCUGUCCAUCACUGCACGGAAACACUUCAAAUAUCUUAUUGGAGCUGGAAUGAAAUUGGGUGCCUGUGAGCUUCAAAUGAAUGGGGACUUUGACCCUGAAAAGAACCUUCAGUGGAAAAUGCUUAUAGAAAACAAAUGCCAAACAAUUCAGGAUCUUGGAGCACCAAUGAAAAUUGAGGGCUCAGGCUACCUUUGGAUGGAUAAAAUGAACCUAGAUUCACAGACACUGAUCACUGUUGAUGAAAGUAAAUUCCGAGGACUCCUUAUACUAAAAGUCACUGAUGAAAGGCAAGAGUUGGAUGCAUUGCUAACCCAUAACAUCCAAGGAGCUGCUGACAUUGGCAUUCCCAUGAGGAUGUUACUUGAUGUCACAUCAGAAAAAAACAGUGACUUCUAUAAAGGAUUUAUUCAUUUCUGUGUGAACAACAAACAAAUUUCAGAAGAACUGAACUUUGUCCAGAACUUCGAUGUUGUCUCUCUUAACUACAAACUGACUCAUAACAUAGAGACAUUGAAGACUCUGCAAAUAAAAGACAGGAUUGAGUUGCAGGCUCUCUUGAACCUCAAAGUCACCAGGAGCUUUAGUUUGAAAGUGCUUUAUGGUUCCCACCUAAUAGCUCUUGAAGGACAAAUCCAGGAGUUUGAAACAAGUACCAACAUAACAGGGAAUUUCCAUCAUUCUUUGCCAUGGCUGCUACAAGCCAGAGUCCCAUCAUCUUUACAGAUAGAUGUGGUUUUUCAAGGGAGAAACACCACUCAAGAGAGAUAUGUGCACAUUGCAGCUGGAGAAGCAUCAAUCACAUACAUAAUAAACUCCUAUUAUGUUGGCCACCAAGUGGAUCUCUUCUGCCAGAGUGUGCACAGCAGUGAGGUACUCCAGGCAUCUGGCUACCCUAAGGCAAUCAACUUGAUUUUCAGUGUACAGAAAUUGGAAAACAAAGCCAAGACUGUCUGUGAAAUCCAGUAUGAUGAGAAAGAUAUAACUGUGACUGUGGAUGUUGACACAGACUCUGAACUCUUUGGUGUAUUUGUGUUCAUGGCAGAGGUGAAGCAUUCAAUAUCAAUUCUCCAUCACCUGGGACUUCCCUUCUUUCUUAAGAUGACAGUUCAAGAAGUCAUGACUGAAAAUGAAACUGAAGGUGCUCUGAGGCUGACCUAUGAACAAAACAAAAACUUCUCCUUUUCCAUCAGUAGAAAAAAAGACCAACAAGGUGAAGAGUUGAAUAUAAAAGCACUCCAGAAUCAUCCCUUCUUUCUACAGUACUUCCCCUGUGCAGCAGAACUGUCUUCUAAGGUUAAUUAUGAUAUGAGUGAAGCAAAAGGCAAACUCUACCUCAGGAUGGAAAAAAGGGAUUUCAAUGUUUCAGCAAAGCUAACUUUGACUGGAAGCAGCUACACUAAUGCCAUUGAAGUGGCACAGACCAUGGCCCAGUUUAAAAUUCUUCCAAGGCAACUUGUGUUUAUGACAAUUUACCAAAAAGGCAACAGAACUCAUCUGCUGAGGCACAUUGCCCUGUGGGAUGGCAAAGAGAUAAAGCUGACAGGCACUUACACUGGACUCUUCCCAAAGCUGCCUGGAGGUCAUGGCAUUCAGGUUGAGCUUCUCCAUCCUCUCUCCAUCCCUUUUCCACGGCAUGCCUGGGUCAACUUAUACGUGAAACAUUCAGCACGCACUCACCGGGAUGAUCUUACUGUCAUUUGGAACCAGAAGGACAAGAUAUCAGUGGCAUCUUCUCUGAAGUUUGGAAGACACCGGGCAAGCUACAGAGCCACUCUUGCCCACCCAUUUAAUUACACUCUGAGGCAACUGGAGGUGCAUUUCCUGUCAGAAAGAAGGGGCAGAAAGUACAACCAGCAGCUGCAGGUCUCAGGGAAUGCUGGGCAGCCUGCUCACCUCCAGCUGGGCCUGGAGGACAAAUCCAAGGUGGACAUCACUGCCUGGGGUGGCUGUGUGACACUCUCUGCCGGCCAGCUUCAGAGAAUAUUAAGCAUGGAACACCUGCAUGCAUGUGGGUCUGUAGAGCAAAGACCAACACUGUUUAAUGAAUACCUAGAUCUGAACUGGGAUGACAAAACAUUCAAACACAAUUUCACAUACGAGAGAAAACAACUCUUGUAUCCUGAUAAGUUUCAGUUAGAAGUUGUUCUGGAAAAUAUUUUCCUGACCCCAUGUACCAAACAGAAGAUUCUGGGUAAAAUGGAAACAAACUACUGCUCUUGCCUGGAUUACUAUACAAGCUUUGAGGUCUGUGACCUUUCAAAUGCAAUUGUAUUAUUUGGAAAGCACCAGCUCAACAAAGAUGACAUCAUUUUGCAGUCAGAGGGCAGAUUCCACCUUGCCGAUCACGGGAGAGAUAAGGGGUCGAUUGGACUAUCCAUAAAGAAUCAGAGCACUGCUGAUGUAAAGAACUAUUCUCUGGAAAUUGAAUUAAGAGCCUUUGAAGAUAUUUGGCUAGGCCUGACAGGAACUGCUGCUUCCUCAUCUGUCCAGAGCCAAAUCCUGGUGGAGGGGAUUAUUGAUCAGAAAGAGAAAGUAAAAGUAGCUGCUUCAAAAGGAAAGGAGUGUUUUCAAUACUACAUGGGGUAUCUGCAAGGGGAUUUGGAAGAAGGAAUGGAAGUCAGUGCUUGUUCUGAUGGGCAACAGAUGGCUGCCAUUAACACCUAUCUCAGCAUCAAUGGUAAAAGGCAGGAAAGCGUGGGACAAGUGUCUUUAGCAGCUGCUAAUGGAAGCUUGAGUUUUCUGGCCCAUGGAUGUGGGGAUCCAGUUCUUAAGGCUGAGAACAAGCUUAAUGAAAUUGGGAGCCUUUUGAAAGCCACACUGACAGAGAAGAUCAAGAAGUUUGAUGGAUACCUGUCGAGAUUCAGGAGAUCAGUACAGCAUGUUGGUUUCCUGUCUGAAGCAGCUGGCUGGCCUUCAAUGGCCUUGCAAAGGGCAGCAGGAUUCCUGCACAGUGGGGCUACAGCUGUCACCCAGGUGUGGAAGCAAAGUGGAAUCGGGCACAUUCUGAGAAGCACGAUCCCCCUUUAUCUGGAGAAAAUUCAAGGUGUUGUCCUGCAAAUGCAGAAUGAAUUACAAAAGCCAUUAGCAACUUUGAAGGAUGCCUACUAUGACGCAACCUCGAAGCCACUGGAUGAAGUCUGGAAAGAGAAGACAGAAGAGCACAUGAAAAAAAUCCAGGCUUUCUUACCCAAGAUUGUAAAAGAUGUGUGGUUAAUGGAACCAAUCCAGGUGGCAUUAAAGGUUGUGAAAGCAGGCUUGGAUAUGGCUACACAGCACGUGCUCAGAUGGGCAGAGGCCACGUUUUCCAGAGCUGUGAGCAAGAUCCGGAAGCCCUUGCUGAACAUGUACAGUUUUUCACCCAGGAACUGUUCGGUGGCAGGAAAGCUGCCAGUCCUGCCUAAAGCAGACCUGUCCCUACAGCUGGCAAAUGUUACCACUUACCUCAUUGGAGAAAAACUAAUGAGGCCUCUGCAAGACCUCUACAAUCUCAACAUACUUGCAGAGUACUAUAGAUUCAAACGGAGGAUGAUGGAGACCCCCUUUGAAUACCAUGCUAUGUUAGUGGGGACCAAGCAUCUUGUGACUUUUGAUGGAAAAAUGUACGAUUUGGCAUCAAAGUGCAGUGUACUUCUUGCCAAGGAUUUUGUUCACAGUGCCUUCACUAUAAUACUAAAUGAGGAAACUAGGAACUCAAGAUCACUGUAUGUGGAGAUGAACCAGACUGUGAUCACUAUCUACCCACGACUAAAGAUAUCCAAGAUGUAUAACUUCUCCUUUACGGAAGAGAACUGCCAAGUUCUGGAUCAAUCCCUUGAAAACAGUACCAUGAAUUCAAGACGAGGAACCAACAAAAUAGAAAUAUCUGAUCAGAAAGGAGUUUCUGUCUCCUGUGAUUUUCAGUAUGAUCUCUGUACUGUCACUCUGGCGGGAUGGCACCACGGUAUUUCAGCUGGGCUUUUUGGUACUAAUGACAAUGAAGCUGGAAAUGAAUGGAUGGUGCCUAAUGGCUCCUUCACUGACAACGUGAAAGAGUUCACACAGAGCUGGCAGGUGAGUAAGUGCAGCCUUGUUCCGAAGAAAGAGAAGCCAUGUCCAAUUACAGCUAAGCAAAACAUCUGUAAAGUGUUCUUUGAAGAACCACAUUCACUUCUCAGGAACUGCUUCAAAGUUGUGGAGCCUGAGCCAUUCUACACCAUGUGUACACAGGACACCUGUGAGUCCCCGGCCUUGGGGGCUGCCUGCAGCUUAGCAGCAGCUUUUGUUCAUUUGUGCAAUCGGAAUUUUGUCCCUGUGGAAAUCCCUCCCCAGUGCUCAAGCCAGUUCUGAAUGGCAGAUACCAGCCCUGAAGAUGGAAGAACCCUUUUAGCAUCCUAAAACAG